GGCUGCUCACAUCCACUGCGGCUGUGCUGUGUACGGCCGCUACUACUGCUGUUGUUGCUGACUUCAACUUCUAGAGGAUCACCAUGCUGCGUUACUUCUGCUUUCUUGCUCUGUUCUUGAACGUAAAGUCCGCAUCGGCGCCGUUCAUAAAGCCGUGCAAAGAUGGCGACAACGCGUGCAUCCUGGCGUCCAGUCAAGCGGUGAUCCCGGUACUGGCACCUGGUGUUCCUGAGCUCGGCGUCCAGCCUCUGGACCCGCUCAAAGUGCCGCGCAUCACCAGCAACCAGGGCUCCCUCAAGCUCACUUUCACCGACACUGUGUUAACUGGACUCAAGGGCUGCAAAAUUGAAAGCAUCAAACACGACCGCAUAAAGGGCAAGCAGACGUUGCUGUUGCGCUGCGACAUGGUGCUGGAUGGUGACUACGUACUAGACGGGCAGCUACUCAUCCUGCCCGUGCAGGGCAAGGGCCGGUACAAGAUUGACAUCCGUGACAUCGUAAUAAAGACGGUAACGGACCUGACGACAGAGCAGGGCCCAGACGGCAAGGAGCACUGGAAGAUUGUCAAGUGGCGCGACUCCUUCCAGGUCAAGACCGGGGUUAAGUUCCAUUUCGACAAUCUUUUCAAUGGAAACAAAGUUCUAGCCGAUCCAGUGAUAGAAUUCGCAAAUACAAAUUGGAACGAUGUUAUGCAAGAAAUAGCGCCGCCGAUCGUCCACACGAUCAUCGCCUCCGUCUUCAAGGAAAUUGAAGCCCUCUACAAGGCAGUACCCGCCGAUGAACUAUACAUCCCUUGAAGAUUUUACAGUUAAAUCACGUUAGGUUAUUGUAAAUAGUAUUGUACAGCGAUUUGUGAUGGUAGGUUAAGUUUCGGUUGCUGAUAAA